AUGAAGUACGCACUUGUUCUCACGGCUAUUGUCACCAUUGCCUCCAAGGUCGCCGCUGUCGGCGUUGUUGGCAAACCUGAAGGUUUCGCUGCUGGCGCUACCGGUGGUGGCAAUGCCGCCCCUGUGUACCCUACCACCAACGAGGAGCUGGUCUCUUACCUCGGUGACUCGGAGGCCCGUGUCAUUGUUCUGAGCAAGACUUUCGACUUCACCGACAGUGAGGGCUCCACCACGACCGGCGGUUGCCUUCCUUUCGGUACUGCCCCCAACUGCCAGGUUGCUAUCAACAAGGACAACUGGUGCCACAACUACGAGCCCAAUGCCGCUACCACUACCGUCACCUACAAAAACGCUGGUAUGCUCGGUAUCAACAUCGGCUCCAACAAGUCCUUGAUUGGUGAGGGAACUAGCGGUGUUAUCAAGGGCCGUGGUCUGCGCCUUGCCAACGGUGUCCAGAACAUCAUCGUCCAGAACAUUGCUGUCACUGACAUCAACGCCCGCUACGUCUGGGGUGGUGAUGCUAUCACCCUCGACCAGGCUGACCUGGUCUGGCUCGACCACAUUACCACUGCCCGCAUUGGUCGUCAGCACUACGUCCUGGGUACUGGAGCUGACAACCGUGUCUCUAUCACCAACAACUUCAUCAACGGUGAAUCUGAGUACUCGGCCACCUGCAACGGUCACCACUACUGGAACGUGUACCUUGAUGGUUCCAGUGACAAGGUCACCUUCCAGGGCAACUACCUCUACAAGACUAGUGGCCGUGCACCCAAGGUCAAGGACAACACCUACCUCCACGCUGUCAACAACUACUGGGACGACAACUCCGGCCACGCCUUCGAGAUCGGCGCUGGUGGCCACGUCCUUGCCGAGGGUAACUACUUCUCCAACGUCAACGCUACUCUCGAGUUGGACACCUUCUUCGGCUCCCUUUACGCUUCCGACAGCAACUCCGCCGCCUGCCAGGCUUCCAUCGGUCGCCCCUGUGUGGCCAACGUCAACGGAGGAGAGCUGGUCAGCUCCUCCGCCGCCGUUCUGUCGAGCUUCAAGGGCGAGAAGCUCCCCUCUUCUGCUGUUGCCAACACCAACCCUGCUGGCAGCGCUGGUCAGGGCAACCUGUAA